CUGACUGCCAAAGGUUUUCUGUCGUGGAACGAAAUGUCAGCAUAGAGGAGGAAAAGAUUUACAAGGAAAAUAUUUUUUCCUCCAUUGCCUAGGGAAUAUCGUGAAUAAGCUAGUGAAAUUUAAUUUUUUCUAGUGUUUCCGAACAAAGUUAUCAGUUUGAAUAAAUAAAUGCAUAAUACUGCAAAAAAUAUGUAAAAAAAAGAGCAAAGAAAUUAAGCUCUUCAGUGACACGGAAACAGCAAAGCAAACGAAGGCACAGUGUAAAAACAGCAACAAACAAAAGGUGUAAAGCAAAACGUAGCGGAGCGCCACUUCAGCAAUUAAUUACGGAUAUAGCAAUAAAAAAAAUUUGCGUAUUUUUCUCGGAAUUAGAUUAAUAUAAGAAUAGGAUUAAUUAAAGAGUUUUAAAUUAAACAUAACACACAGUAAGUGAGUGCAAUAAAUAACAAUUUAAUAAAAAAUGAAUCGAAGUGAUGGUUUGGUGCGACGCGCCGUGAAAACACGAGACAAUGGCGCUGAAGGUGGCGCAUACGGCCAGAAUGCUAAUACACCAGAUGACGACAGCGAUUUAAAUAACAGCAAUAAAGAUCAGGAGGACAACAUCGAUGAUGGCGAUUCCAAACAGACACGUCUAACACUCAUGGAGGAAGUGUUGCUGUUGGGCUUAAAAGACAAAGAGGGCUACACAUCCUUUUGGAAUGAUUGCAUAUCGAGCGGCCUACGUGGUUGCAUUCUCAUUGAGCUUGGAUUACGCGGUCGCGUCAUGAUGGAGAAGACAGGCAUGCGUCGACGCAGCUUGUGCUCCAGAAAACUCAUUUUAAAAUCAGAUCAGCCGACCGGCGAUGUUCUGCUCGACGAAGCACUCAAACAUAUUAAAGAAACAGAUCCACCAGAAUCUGUGCAAAGUUGGAUUGAAUAUUUGAGUGGCGAAACAUGGAACCCUUUGAAAUUACGGUAUCAAUUAAAAAAUGUACGCGAACGAUUGGCCAAGAAUCUGGUGGAGAAGGGUGUGCUUACGACAGAAAAGCAAAAUUUCCUACUUUUCGAUAUGACAACACACCCGCUCAGCGAUAAUGUGGUGAAAUGCCGUUUGGUGAAAAAGAUACAAGAUGCCGUGCUUUCCAAGUGGGUCAACGAUCCGCAACGUAUGGAUAAACGUAUUUUGGCCUUAAUAUUUUUGGCGCACGCCAGUGACGUAAUUGAGAAUGCGUUCGCGCCGCUAAACGACGAUGACUAUGAGUUGGCCAUGAAACGUGUGAGAGAAUUGUUGGACUUGGAUUUUGAGGCGGAGGCGGCCAAACCGAAUGCAAACGAAAUACUUUGGGCAGUUUUUUUGGCAUUCAGCAAAUAAGAUCCUGUUUAUACGCAUCUGUAUUCUUAUGGGAUUGAAUGAUGUUAAGCAAUCGCGUUAUCUGCCAAUGCCACAUUUAUAUAGUUACACAAAAAAAAAAAAUGAUACAUACAUACACAAUUUAAUAGUAUACAGAUAAUGCAGAGCCCAAAAG